GGGUGGGGGUGGGGGUGGCGUGCUCCUGGCCCUCGUUUUCCGGUAGAGGGGUAACUUCCCCCAUUUUGGCCCCCACAUCCCUGGGAACCUUGGAGUCUGGCUGUGGGAGGCGGGGGCUCUGUGGGGGUCCGCGCUGGCUAGUUCCAGAGGAAUCGUUAAAAGUAGAUUCUUUCGCUCCAACUCUCCUGCCUUCUCUCGGGCCCACUGGGCACAGCGCCACCGAACGCGGGGACCCCCGGAGACUCGCCAGCUCUCCUGGAUGGGAAUUUCGUGACGUUCCCUGCCUGAGCUUUGGGGAGGGCGGGGGAGUGCUGUAAGGGACCAUCGCACAAGUGCAUCCCCCUGCUUCUGCCGCAAACGACAGGCCUCACCUGGACCCAGGGACUCUCGAACGAGAAGCGCAGGCCUAGCCCGACGGGGCGAGUCCCCCCGUCCCUGUCCGUUCCAUCGCUCAGUUCCACGACUCGCUACCCUGCAGCCCCCCCUGUUCGUGGGUGAGUGCGCGCUUCCCUCGGCUCCCCGUGUCACUUUGCAGACGCUCCCCGGCGCCGGGCAUGGGCGCCGCCGCCGUCGGUCCCCGAGCCGGAUUCCGCGCGCGGUGCCUCUGAGGCGCUCGGCUGCUGGGGUCCGCAGGAAGCCACGCCAUGAAUGACCGGACCAGCCGGAGGCGGACAAUGAAGGACGAUGAGGCUUUCGAGAUCUCCAUCCCCUUCGACGAGGCGCCCCACCUAGACUCACAGAUCUUUUACAGUCUGAGCCCCUCUCGGGGAAACUUCGAGGAGCCCCCUGAGGACACGUCCCCUACCCUGGCCCUGAUGAACAGUGUCAAGGCCCAGCUGCACAUGGCCCUGGAGAGGAACUCCUGGCUGCAGAAGCGCAUUGAGGACCUGGAGGAAGAGAGGGACUUCCUGCGCUGCCAGCUGGACAAGUUCAUCUCUUCUGCUCGGAUGGAUGCAGAGGACCACUGCCGGGUGAAGCCUGGGCCACGGCGGAUUGAGGGGGACAGCCGGGGCGGAGCUGGGUGCGAAGCCUCAGACCCCGAAUCAGCAGCCUCUUCCCUUAGCGGAGCGUCGGAAGAAGGCAGUGCCAGCGAGAAGAGGCGGCAGAAGCAGAAGGGAGGUGCCAGUCGGAGGCGCUUUGGGAAGCCCAAGGCCCGGGAGAGGCAGCGGGUGAAGGACGCUGAUGGGGUUCUCUGCCGGUACAAGAAGAUCCUGGGCACCUUCCAGAAGCUCAAGAGCAUGUCGCGGGCCUUCGAGCACCACCGCGUGGACAGGAACACCGUGGCGCUGACCACGCCCAUCGCCGAGCUGCUCAUCGUGGCCCCCGAGAAGCUGGCUGAGGUGGGCGAGUUCGACCCCUCCAAGGAGCGCCUGCUCGAGUACUCCCGCCGCUGCUUCCUGGCCCUGGACGACGAGACUCUCAAGAAGGUGCAGGCGCUCAAGAAGAGCAAGCUGCUGCUGCCCAUCACCUACCGCUUCAAGCGGUGAUCGCGCCGCGUCUCCGCGCCCCGGCCCGGGCCUCCCUCCCCCGUGGACCCGGCCCUCCCCAAGCCCCCGGUGGAUGACCCGCCCCUCUCCCCGCCGCGCCCUAUCCCUCCUCCUCGCUCCCUGGGUUGAAGGCUCCCUUAGCCGGGUCCCUCUCCCGAACGCCGGCGCACCCCUUUCUGCUGGGGCUGCCCAGCCCUGCCCUCGCCGGGCGCCUUCCUCCUGCAGAACCAGGCAGGCGGGUGCCGCCCCGUCUCGGGUGGGGGACUAUACAGACCCCGUCUCUGCUCCCUGCCCCGCUGCCCCGCGGAGGAGCUGCCCACCCGAUUCCCGGACGGACCUCCCAACUCCGCGCGACAGAGAAUUACUCAGAGACUUUAAAUUAAAAAAAGACGUGAAAAUUUGGAAUAAA